GCGCAAUCCAUCCUCGCCCAGCCUGCCAGCUUCGUCCCUCGACACUACUACAUCAACGGCAGCCGCAAGGGGGCCACUUUUCUUAUUCACAGAUUCACAGCUUCAUCAUACCUGUGUAGCCGCCUCUUGUCAACGGGCGUGACGGGAACAUUCCGGCCCGGCUGAGUGCUGCUUCCUCGGGUACCGCACUGCGUCCUCAUGCAGCAAGUCUGCGCUCUCACUACCGGUAGUGCCGUAGCAAUAAUAACCAAUACCCAGCUGCUUGACUCCAUUCGCAGCCCACCUUUCCCGCACCUACCUAGCUCCUGCAAGCUACCUACUCGCCAUUUUCCCUGCCCCUUCCUGUCUCUUGUCUUUCCUGCCUCUUUUCUCCCCCUCCCCUCCCCUUCCCUCCUGAUAUUCUCCCACCAUCCCCCCCCUCCUCCUCCAGUCCUUGAGGCAUCCUGCCAGUCUGUCGCCCCUCAUGCAGCGACUCUGUAGGGCAAGCAGCGCCGCGCUGCGUGCCACUCGCUCGCAAUGUCUUUCUUCAAGACCCGCUUCCUCCCUCUGCGCCGCCCGCCGCCCUCUCGCCCUCUCGACCCAGAAGCGAUACAAGAGCGCCCUCUUCAACGCCCCUGACCCCAACGACAACUUCCUUCAAGGCGAGAAUGCGAAUUACAUCGACGAGAUGUACGUGCAGUACAAGCAGGACCCCAAGAGCGUCCACGUCUCCUGGCAGGUCUACUUCAAGAACAUCGAGAGCGGCAACAUGCCCAUUUCGCAGGCCUUUCAGCCGCCCCCAAACCUUGUCCCAAGCUCUUCCGCCGCCGUCACCGGCCUGGCUGCCGGUGCAGGCGUUGGCAUCGGCGAGGGUUCCGACAUCGACAACCACCUCAAGGUGCAACUGCUGGUGCGCGCCUACCAGGCAAGAGGCCACCACAAGGCGAGGAUCGACCCCCUCGGCAUCCGUCAGGAGCAGAAGGGCUUCGGCAACAUCAAGCCCAAGGAGCUGGAGCUGGACUACUACCAGUUCACCGAGAAGGACCUCGAGACCGAGUACACCCUGGGGCCCGGCAUCCUGCCCCGCUUCAAGAGGGACGGCCGCGAGAAGAUGACCCUGCGCGAGAUCAUCGAUGCUUGUGAGAGGAUAUACUGUGGCUCCUUUGGUGCCGAGUUCAUUCACAUCCCGGACAGGGAAAAGUGCGACUGGCUGAGGGAGCGUAUUGAGGUCCCCAAGCCCUUCACCUACUCACACGACGAGAAGAGGCGCAUCCUGGACCGGCUCAUCUGGAGCUCAAGCUUUGAGUCUUUCCUGGCCACCAAGUACCCCAAUGACAAGCGUUUCGGCCUCGAAGGCUGUGAGACCCUGGUCCCUGGAAUGAAGGCCCUGAUCGAUCGCAGCGUCGACUACGGCGUGAAGGACAUCAUCAUUGGAAUGCCCCACCGUGGUCGUCUCAACGUGCUCAGUAACGUCGUUCGCAAGCCCAACGAGUCCAUCUUCAGCGAGUUCGCCGGUACCUCGGCCGCCGAGGACGAGGGCUCUGGCGAUGUCAAGUACCACCUGGGUAUGAACUUCGAGAGGCCCACCCCGUCCGGCAAGCGCGUCCAGUUGUCUCUGGUUGCCAACCCGUCCCAUCUGGAGGCCGAGGACCCUGUUGUUCUGGGCAAGGCCCGUGCCAUUCAGCACUACAACAACGACGAGAAGACGCACCGCACUGCCAUGGGCGUGCUUCUCCACGGUGACGCUGCCUUCGCCGCACAGGGUGUUGUCUACGAAUGCCUCGGUUUCCAGUCCCUGCCUGCCUACUCGACUGGUGGCACUAUUCACAUUGUCGUCAAUAACCAGAUCGGCUUCACAACGGAUCCUCGUUUCGCCCGCUCAACCGCCUACUGUACCGACAUUGCCAAGGCUAUCGACGCCCCCGUCUUCCACGUCAACGCUGAUGACGUCGAGGCCGUCAACUUUGUCUCCCAGCUCGCUGCCGACUGGAGGGCUGAGUUCCAGUCGGAUGUCGUCAUUGAUUUGGUCUGUUACCGCAAGCACGGUCACAACGAGACAGACCAGCCCUCUUUCACGCAGCCGCUUAUGUAUAAGAGAAUCCAAUCGCACGACCCACAAAUCGACAUUUACGUGGACAAGCUGCUCAAGGAUGGUACGUUCACCAAGGAGGACAUCGAAGAGCACAAGAAGUGGGUCUGGGGGAUGCUUGAGGAGAGCUUCUCCAAGUCCAAGGACUACCAGCCCACGUCCAAAGAGUGGACCACAUCCGCAUGGAACGGUUUCAAGUCCCCCAAGGAACUGGCGACCGAGGUCCUGCCCCAUCUCCCCACCGCCGUGAGGAAGGAUACGCUGGAGCAUAUCGGCCAGAUGAUAGGUUCCGCCCCCGAGGGCUUCAACAUCCACCGCAACCUGAAGCGAAUCCUGUCUAACAGGACCAAGACCGUGCUUGAGGGCAAGAACAUCGACUGGUCGACCGCCGAGGCCCUGGCGUUUGGAUCGCUUGUCUCUGAAGGACACCAUGUCCGUGUCGCCGGACAGGACGUGGAGCGCGGAACCUUCUCUCAGCGUCACGCAGUAUUCCACGACCAGGAGAGCGAGGAUACAUACACCCCCCUGCAACACAUCAGCAAGGACCAGGGCAAGUUCGUCAUCUCAAAUUCUUCUUUGAGUGAGUAUGGCGCCAUGGGCUUCGAGUACGGCUACUCGCUGUCUUCACCUAAUGCUCUGGUGAUGUGGGAGGCUCAGUUCGGCGAUUUCGCGAACAACGCACAGUGCGUUAUCGACCAGUUCAUCGCAUCUGGCGAGGUGAAGUGGAUGCAGAGAACCGGCCUCGUCUUGUCCCUUCCCCACGGAUACGAUGGCCAGGGACCUGAGCACUCUUCCGGCCGCAUCGAGCGGUACCUUCAACUCUGCAACGAGGACCCUCGCAUCUUCCCCUCCGAGGACAAGUUGCAGCGCCAGCACCAAGAUUGCAACAUGCAAAUUGCAUACAUGACAACACCUGCCAAUCUGUUCCACGUUCUGCGACGUCAGAUGAACAGGCAGUUCCGAAAGCCCUUGAUCAUCUUCUUCUCCAAGUCCCUUCUCCGCCACCCGAUAGCACGCUCCAACAUCGAGGACUUCACCGGUGACUCCCAGUUCCAGUGGAUCAUCGAGGACCCAGCUCACGAGAGUGGCGACAUCAAGGCUCGCGAGGAAAUUGACCGUGUCGUGAUCUGCAGUGGACAGGUGUACACGGCGUUGCACAAGUACCGCGCCGACAACGGCCUCAAGGAUGUGGCCAUCACGCGCAUCGAACAGCUCAACCCAUUCCCCUGGCAACAACUCAAGGAGAACCUGGACAGCUACCCCAACGCCAAGACCAUUGUCUGGGCGCAGGAGGAACCACUGAACGCCGGCGCGUGGAGCUUCACGCAGCCGCGUAUCGAGACGCUGCUGAACGAGACCCAGCACCAUGAUCACAAGCAUGUUAUGUACGCGGGCCGUAACCCAAGCGCGUCGGUCGCGACGGGCCUGAAAGCCAACCAUGUCAAGGAGGAACAGGAGCUGCUUGAGGUUGCGUUUACGGUGACGCAGGACAAGCUGAAGGGUGAAUAGACGGAGCUGUGCAAGGCACAAGAUAAGGAACACAUUGGGAUCCAUGAAUGCCGACAGAUAACCGGUAGUCAACAUGUAUACUGUGUUGGAGAAAGAUGCCGGUGAUGCCGGUCUAGGGAGGAAGCGUUUCCUUUGUAAAAGUAGUCCUUCCGGUGCUUCGCGGGUUGUAGGAAUGACCAUGGGACGGAUCAAUGCAUAUCUGCGCGUUUUGACUUGACCCAACUGCUUUCAGCUGUCUCAAGCAGGAUCAAUCCGGCAACGGCUGGGUGAAGGAGGCUCAUUUCUAGCUCGUUAGUCUGGCCGCAUGCAACGUGAACCAUGCUGUCAAAUGCUGUGGAUCACAGAGCCAGCAGUCACGGAGUGUCCCUACGUCAGUCUCUCAAGGGCUAGGCCGCCGCGAAUCAUGGGGUAAACUCAAGGGCGUUCAUUGUGCGCGCAUCGGAGCUUUGCACGAAUCUCUAUAUGGAUUAGAAGCCAGUCGCACGCAGCCUUUUUACCUACCCCCCGGUUGGAACUUCUUGUAGAUGCCAUGAUUCUAAGGGGCAGUCAGCUGCCAUGGCUUGACCUCUCCGUUGUCACCUGUCGUGACAAGCAUUUCAUCCACGCCGCGGUUCUCGGCCCCAGAGUCAAACCUGCGGCACCAGGUGACAUGAUUAAUCUCGUAAGGCCCAUGGCCAUUCUCCACUGUGGCCAUUACGCGCCACCCCGUGGCCUCAGAGCUAUGCGGGACGGCGGUUGCCUCGCCGUUUUCAGCAUGUCCCAAUGGUGCUGCCCCAAGCCUCGUGGGCUCGGAAGCGUCGCUGGAAGUGGCGGCAUCUUCCCUGUAGACAGCAAUAAUUCCAUCGCUUCCUGUGCUGGCAACGAGGCCAGAGACGGGGCUCCACGCGGCAGAAUACACGUCCCUCCUGUGCACGGAAGGAAGAAUGGCUGUGCAUUUCCAUUCCUCUCUUAGCGAGCGACGCAUGGUGUUGGGGAUGCCGCCCAAGCCGGGUCGGAACAGAGGGUUCCUCCCGUCGCCGCUCUCCUCCUCGUCUUGGUCGUCCUCUUCCAGGGUCCAGAUGCGUAUUGUCUUGUCCGCCGAGAAACUCAUCAGGCGCGGGAACGCCUUUCUGUCCGGGCUGGCCUCCCAUUGCACACCCCACACAGUGCCGUCAUGGCCCUCCAGGACCGCCACGCAUACCCACUCCCCGUCGCCGUCCUCCCGCCAGAUCCGCACGGUGUUGUCAUAACUGCUGCUCGCCAGCACGUCGGCGCCAUAUUUUCCCUUGGCGGUGCGGCCAGGCACGUCGGGGCACCAGGAGACAGACUUGACGUCGCCCUCGUGCUCGUUGAGGACGGCGACCGUCUCCCACUCGUCGUCGGCCUCGUUGGCGCCGACAUCCUCCCAUAUCCACACAGUCUUGUCACGGCUACAGGUAGCCAAGUACUGGGCAGAGGGCGAGAAUGCGACAGACUUGACCUCUGAGUCGUGGCCCUCGAGGACCAGGGAGAACUCCCAGUCGUCUUCGUCUUUAUCGGAGGCAGUGGGAUCUCUCUGUGGGGAGCGGCUGGCUGUGGUGGUGGUCACGUCAACCUCCAAACUGCCGGGGUGAGACGGGACAAGGUCGGCCGGCUGAUCCACAGAGAGGUUGCCGCCGUCCCAGCGCCACAGGGCAGCGGUGGAGUCGAAGCUGGCGGUCACGAGGCAGAGCUUGUUUGGGGGCAUGGCAGGCUUCCAGGCGGCGGAGCGGACGGAGCGGGCAUGGCCGCCAGUCAGGAUGCUGUGCGAGGUGAGGGAGGAGAGCGAGUAGAUGGUGACGGCCUUGGAGUGGCAAGUCGCCAGAAGGGGCAGGGUAGGAUGCGGGAUCGAGGCCCAGGCGCGCUGGUAGAGCUCUGGACUCAGGGCCGGCAUCGCCCUGAGCCUGGGCCCGUCCUCGCCGGAGCCUGGUGAAACCAUCGAGAGCAGCGUCACGGUUCGUGUUGUCGGUAGCUUUUAAUGUUUUCGGCUUUGGAACGGGGCGUGACGGGGCGUCGGGGAGCGGGUGCUCGUAGCCGACGCGGUGCAACUUCUGCCCCCCUCUCUUAGGCUGAGUAAAGGGGCGUGAUUGCAAGAUUCAAUUCCUUUUCUCUUGUGCAGCAGCGGGGAAAACUAUGCAUCCAUACAAGCCACCUGGAAAGAGGUGAGGUCGCGAGAAGCUGUUGCGGUAGCUGACAAUUGUAUGGACAUCGCUGUAGUUGGCUGUU